CAGUGUUUCCUUCGCUACAUCCUGUUGAAUUUUGAUGGUUCAACACAAAUGGCCCACCACGGAUCGUUAUGAGUUGACACCGCUGUAUGACCGACCAGACCUCAGUAAGGAAUGCAUUCGACUUUUGAACGAGGAAUGGCCACGUAGCGAUGGGUCGCGCGAACAUUCUCAGGCGAAAUCAUGCCGUCUUACUCCUCCCAUGUCCUUUCUGCUCCUGGACAAAUCAGACGGCAGACUUAUUGGGCAUGCACGGCUAUGCCUUCUACCAAAUAGACCUACUUCAUGUUGGGUAGAAUCCGUAAUAAUUGCCAAGGAUUUGCGCGGUCAAGGACUGGGAAGGAGACUCAUGACUAUGCUGGAAGAUGCUGCACGAGAUUUGGGAUUUAUCGAAAUGUUUCUGUCAACGGAAGAUAAAGUGGAUUUCUAUGAACGAUGCGGCUACCUUAAAUGCAAACCGAUUUUGCAUUCUACCACUGCAACGUCCGUUUUCCCCGUCAUAUCAUUAGAGGCAACGGAAAGCUGCACUGAGAUGGACAAAGAAUCAUCUUCUACCUAUCUUGCUGAUGACACAGAUGUCUCAAAGAUGCAAGCAGGGAUCAUAAUGCCGCAGCCUUUGACAACUUCACAAGAGUUUCCAGCAGCAGUGACAGCAGCGCUGCCACCACCCCCGCCUCCUCCACCGCCAUCAUCAGCGAAAAGCAUAUGGAGUCAAAAAACGCUUGGGGCACCUGUAACCACACUUAACCAUCAAUACAUGUGUAAAAAACUUUAG